AAUGCUGCGCUGUGCGCUUGUGUCUACUACGUCAGUACGCAGAGCAGCCGCAGUUGAAAACCCGGACGUAACCAACGCCUAGUUGCCGGAGAGAAACGAUGCAGACCAUAAAGUGUGUAGUGGUGGGGGAUGGUGCUGUGGGGAAGACAUGCCUUCUGAUCUCUUACACCACGAACAAGUUCCCAUCUGAAUAUGUUCCCACGGUGUUUGAUAACUAUGCGGUGACGGUGAUGAUCGGAGGGGAACCAUACACACUGGGACUCUUUGACACAGCAGGUCAGGAGGACUACGACAGACUGCGGCCCCUCAGCUACCCCCAGACCGACGUCUUCCUCGUCUGUUUCUCUGUGGUCUCCCCCUCCUCUUUUGAGAACGUCAGGGAAAAAUGGGUGCCAGAGAUCUCUCACCACUGCCCUCGCACGCCCUUCCUGCUGGUGGGAACUCAGAUGGACCUGCGGGACGACAGCAACACAGUGGAGAAGCUGGCCAAGAACAAGCAGCGGCCCAUAUCCCCCGAGAGCGGCGACAAGCUGGCACGAGAGCUCAGAGCCGUCAAAUACGUGGAGUGCUCCGCCCUUACACAGAGGGGGCUGAAAAACGUGUUUGACGAGGCCAUCUUGGCUGCCUUGGAGCCUCCUGAGACCAAACCCAAGAAGCGCUGCAUGCUGCUAUAAGGGACGAAGCUGGGAAAGGCUGACCAGAGGAACAGACCCAAACAGAGGGAGGGAGGGAGAGAGGGAGCAAUGGAAAGAGAGAGGGAGUGAUGGAGGGAGAGAGAGGGAGCGAUGGAAA